AUGAUCAAGUUCGGAAGUAUUUCUGGUGGAACUGCAACUUAUAAUGGCGAUGGAUUUGUUUACAGUUUCAUUUAUCCUCACAAAUUGGUCUAUCAGAGUGAUGCAUAUGCGAGGUUUUAUGAGAACAACGCAUUGGUUGUAUCAGAGGAAGAAAAUUCAAGUGAAAUUCCUACCAGCUUGAUUAAUCUUACUUGGAUUGAAGUACUCAAUCUGUCAUAUAACAACUUGUAUGGUAGAAUUCCAUCUAAAAAUCAAUUUGAUACCUUUGUGAACGUUUCAUAUAUUGGAAAUCAGGCACUCUAUGGUUUACAACUCACAAAGAACUGCCCAUUUGAAGCCACGUCUAAUCAAACUCAACAGAUUGAUGAUGGUAAUAAUGAUGGAGAUGAGUUCAAGAGAUGGUUUUUUGUGGGUGUGGGGAUCGGGUUCUAUAUUGGAUUUUGGGGAAUGUUUGGUAGUUUGUGUCUUAACCGUUCUUGGAGACAUGCAUACUUCUUGUUCAAACUGGAAGAUUGGCUGUUGUUGAGGUUGGCACUCUACAUAGCAAGAUUUCAAAGGAGGUUCAACACAAACAACAAUCAGUAA